GGGUUAUUUCACCGGUUUGCUCUGCUGUGUAUCUGACUAGCUUAGAUAACAACGGCAUAAAACUUCUGUUUUAUUACCGAACUGGUUUGGACAGCGAGAAUGGAUGAAAACCGGAGUUUGCGCCGGCUCGUAGAAAACUCGACACUUCAGCAGCUUCUUGUGAGGGAAGAGAAAGUCUGUUGGGUGCUGAUAACUGGGUGUCGUGCUUCCUAACUAGGUAGCAGCCACGGGCAACAUCUCAUCCAAACCAAAGAUGAUAUGUGGACGAGGAGACGUGAGACGCCUAGCCACCAAGAAAAUUAGAAGUUUUAGCUGACACCUGCCCCAUCACGGUUUUGCUGACUGUGAAAGGUAUGUGGAGCUUUCCUGAGGGUAGAGAGAGAUUGUGCUGCUUGGCUUCAGUGAGGAUGUCUCCUGCGCUGCAUUUGCUCCUCUUGUGGAUUCUGCUAAGGGAUGCUGAGUCCCAGGGUUAUGUGGGCAAUGACCUGGAUUUUUCAGCAAACUUUCGGAACAUCUUGCACCCUGUUACUCGUCCUGCCAACGCCAGCCGCAUUUUCUAUGGGAUCAUGUUUGAUGCUGGGAGCACAGGCACACGCAUACACGUCUACACCUUCAUACAAAAAGACCCAGAGGGGUUACCUGUUCUGGAUAAUGAAAUGUUCCGUUCGACAAAGCCUGGUUUAUCUGCCUAUGUUAACAACCCUGAAAAUGCUGGACACUCAUUGAAACAGUUGCUAGUUGUUGCCAAAAACACAGUGCCUCGUGUAGAAUGGAAAAGAACCCCAGUGGUGCUCAGGGCUACAGCGGGACUGAGAAAUCUGCCACCAGCAAAAGCUCAUGCACUUCUAGAAGAGGUUCGAGAUGUGUUGGAUGAUUCUCCAUUCUAUGUGCCUGCUGAUAGUGUAAGCAUGAUGAAUGGAACAAAUGAAGGGAUCUUUGCCUGGCUGACUAUAAACUUUCUGACAGGUCAUCUUGGCCCCAACAUGAAAAGGACUGUGGGUAUUUUAGACUUGGGUGGAGGCUCAACUCAAAUCACCUUUCUUCCCAAGUCAGAAAAAACAAUUGAAAAUGUCCCUGCUGAUUACAAAGCAAGAUUCAGUAUAUUUAGCACAACCCAUGUGCUGUAUACUCACAGUUACCCGAAGAAUGGAAUCAAAGAAGCUCGAAUUGCUGCUAUUGGUGCUCUGGGCUCAGAAGGUACAGCAAAUGUUGCAGGUCAGGAAUGGAAAGUUUAUAAAACCGCCUGCCUGCCUAAGAACUACAUAGGAGAAUUUAGCUUUGGAGGGGUGACAUACAGAGUUGGGGGAAACCCAGAAGGUUACACUGGAUACAAGGCCUGUUACCAGGAAAUGCUGAAGGUGGUGAAAGGGAUCAUACAGCGGCCGCAUGAGCUGAAAGAUAGAUCAGUUUUCUAUGCCUUCUCAUACUACUUUGAUCAUGCUGUUGAGGCAGGCCUCAUUGAUGAAAACCAAGGAGGAGCAGUGCGGACUCGUGACUUCAAGAAAAGAGCUAAAGAGGUGUGCAACAAAGUAGCCAUGUUUAAUUCAGAGCAUCCCUUCCUGUGUAUGGAUCUUACAUACAUCACCUGUCUUCUGAGGGAUGGUUAUGGCUUCAAGGAAAACACAGUCCUGGAGUUGACCAAGAAGGUGAAUAAUGUGGAAGCCAGCUGGGCUUUGGGGGCCACUAUCAGUUACUUCAAUUACAUCAAAAUUCUGUGAGAAAAUGCAGAGCAGCUCUUCGAGAUCCUGUCAGCCUUUCCUGAUGAGGAUCAUCAUUUGCAUUUAUGGAACCACUUUCAUUUUAUUUACCUGAUGAACCAGUCUUCACUUUUGCAGUCUAAGAAACUGCCAUGUGUUUCAUUUAUUUAGGAUGCUCUUGAAAAGCAAGUUUACAUAUGUGCAUUCAGGUGUUCUGAAAUGAACCUAUGGAGAAAUUUAAAGCCCAUUCAGUGGAAUGACUGACAGCACCGCUCGUUGUAGAGACGGCUAACUGCAUGUGCGCCGGUCUGAUUGUUGUUUUUGCAAGUUAGGGGCUACAAGGUAGAAAGUAAAACUAAUUCAGUCUAGUUGACCCAUGUGAUGGAGGGCUCAGUUACAGAUGGCAUUGGUCUACUAGUGUAGCACAGACACAUGAUACUUGUGGCCUUUGACCCCUUAAGAGGGUCCUGCUGUAAGACAUUUAUUUUCAUGCUCAAUCUUACAAGACUGCCAUCUGAUCCUUUGUGUCUCUCUUCAGAGAAAUAUUGCUUGUAUUUUUGCUUUCGUGUGGGUUUACAGUCAGAAUUUUUAUUUUAUUUUAUUAUGAACUAUUUUCCAACAUCUCUUUGUACAUUAAGGAUUACAGAGGUUGUUACUGUAACUGACGUUUGUAAACGGGCUCUGUUCUGAUGGGCUGCCCUGUAUUGUUCUUUCUUCAAAGAGCAGUCUGGGCUGCAGCAUUCCUUAUAACUUCGGCAUGGGUGGGUUAAACUGCUGUAGGCUGAAUAAGUGGAUAUAUGUAAAGAUGUUUUUGUUACAUCACAAAAACAGUUCAAUAAAUUUCAAUAAAAAACAUUAUGCUUAUACAUAUUGUCUGCAGUCACAAUUUAUGUUAAGAUGUUGUAAACAUCACAAUUAGUGAUUCAUCGUCUCUUCUUAGGGCAGCAAGGCCAGUAACUGUACCUUAUCUUUGGCUGGUUUUUGCAGGACCCUUGACAUUUUUUUUUAAUUAAAUUCAUAUUUGUUGUGUGGUUGACUAAGAUGUUUACUUAAGAUGAAAUAUUAUGCAAACGGAUGUUUUAAUUCUCCAGACAGCAAUGAUCAAAUGUCCCAGACACAAAGCCACUUUAGUUCUACAUUUGACAACUGCUGGGGGAAUUUUGAGGGAAAUCUCUUUGGGCUUAUUUUUGAAAAGACAGAUUAACAAUGUGCUGCAUUAUUUAAUUGCACAAUCCAGUGCUGUUGCUGUUGCUUCUACUUAAGGAAAAGCUUUGAUCAGAGUUUACUGUGUUCAUGCUUGUCUCAUUGAAUCGGCAGUCAUAUUGCAUAGUUUGUGUAGCACAUGCUGAAAAGGCAAUGCAAUGUCAUAUCUUACUGUACCCUCUUACCAACAGUUCACCUUCAGUUAGAAUAACUGCAUCUCACUUAUCUCAAGUGGGUCUGUACUUUAUGGUGGUGGCUUGUUUUGCAGGUAUAUUUGUGUCUGU